AUGGCCAAAGAAAUGGAUUUGGACGAGGUGCUGGAGGAGAUUGGACCGCUUGGACCUUUCCAGAUCAAAAUUUACAGUUUGAUUUUGAUCCCGAUUUUGUUCUGUGCAGUGUACAACACCCAGUAUAUAUUUGCGGCGGCCAACGUACAAUACAGGUGUCAAGUGCCAGAAUGCGAGGCCGUUCCGCCAAAACUCGAAACAGACGAUUGGGGCAGCUGGGCGCUCCCGGACGGGGCUGGUCGGUGCGAGCGCUACCUGCUGGUCGGCACCACGUGUGCCCCCGAAUCUUUCCACCCUACAGACACCAAGAAAUGCUCUAGUUGGAUAUAUGAAAAUAAUAACAGUAUCGUUACUACAUUCGACCUCGCCUGCGAAGAAUGGAAGCGCACGUUGGUCGGGACCUUGCAUAGUGCGGGCCUGUUUUUCGCGUUGCCGCUAACAGCUUAUGUAUCCGAUAAUUUCGGGCGUCGCGUGGCAUUCAUUGCUACGGCGGUGGCGCCAGCCUUCGUGGGCAUAGGACGCUCCUUUUCACAAAACUAUCUCACAUAUGUGAUUUUAGAAUUUAUCGAAGCAGUUGUAGGCGCCGGCGUGUACAGCUCUGGAUUUAUUCUCGCUCUGGAAAUGAUGGGUCUCAAUCGCCGAGUCCUUGGAGGUAAUAUAAUUUCUUGCACGUUCGCCAUCGGACAGGCGUUGGUGGCGCUGGUCGCGUGGGCAAUACCCGAGUGGAGGACCCUCACAAGAGUUAUAUACGCUCCUUCAUUUCUCUUCAUAUUCUACUUUUUUCUAAUAGAAGAGAGUGUGCGAUGGUUACUUAGUAGAGGAAAUAAGAAGGAAGCUGCUAGAAUACUUUUUAAAGCAGCCGCUAUCAAUAAGAAGAAACUAUCUCCAGAAACAAUCAAGCACUUGACAGAGGAAACUCCUUCUGAACAGGAUUCCUCUAAGCUGCCAAUAGACGAUAAAAAUAAGAAGCCGUCUCUUGGAUUGCAAGUGCUUAAAUCUAGGAUUAUAAUGGCGAGACUAUUAAUUUGCUCAUUUUGGUGGAUAACUGUGACAUUUAUAUACUAUGGACUCUCAAUAAAUUCGGUUUCUCUCGCGGGGAACAGUUAUGUGAAUUAUAUAUUGACUGCGUUAGUUGAGAUACCUGGAUACUGCAUUAGUGUUCUAACAUUGGAUCGAUUUGGAAGGAAGAGUUCGAUAAUGACGGCGUUCUUCGUGUGCGGAAUCUCUCUCGUUUGUUUACCUUUCAUUCCGGAAAAUCUUCUUUGGCUACAAACGUGUCUCAACUUGUUGGGCAAGUUGUGUAUUAGCAUGGCUUUCAGUAGUAUCUACAUUUACACGUCUGAGUUGUACCCGACCACGCUGCGGCACAGCCUAGUAGCUGUUUGCUCUAUGUGCGGUAGAAUAGGACAAGUAAUUGCCCCUCAAACACCACUAUUGAUGGCUUACAUGGAAGCUCUGCCAUACAUUAUAUUCGGCAUAAUGGCCGCAACUUCCGGUCUACUGAUGUUGCUGACACCGGAAACACUUCACAUGCGCCUACCAGAUACUGUUAAGCAGGCUGAGAGCAUCUCCGUGGCGCCGCGGACGAAGCAGACCACUGACAUAAUUGUAGAC